AUGUGACAGAUUUUUUAAACUCGGAAUCUCCAGAUAUUUGGAAUAAGACAAUUAUUGCACCAACUCCUUCUCGUCAAGUCUACUUUUUCUAGUGUUAAAUAAUUUAACCAAAAGAUUGGGUCAAUAUUGUUAUUUGUGCAAGAAUAUUAAUAUAAAUGUCUAUAUUUAAAAGGUAUAUCACUAAAACUGUUGUGGCUAUUGUAAAGAAGUAUACAAAAUUAGUGACAUAUUUGGAAAACAAAUGGGAAGGUAAACAUGCUUCAUCAUUUCAUAAUUAUAAAUUAUUUAAAAAUGGUGUCCACUCGACGUUGAUAGAUUUGGGUGACCUCAGUCAGUUAUGGAUAGAUAUUACUUGUCGUUCUCAGUCAAUCAUAGAAAUCCUACCGACUCUUAGUAGACAUCAGGUGUAUGUCCUACGUCAGGUGCCUAAAGAUUUGGUGAGGAUUUUGCCUGUAAUGCUUCUUGCUCCAUUACCAGGAACAAUACUAAUUUUACCAAUCUUUUUUGCUUUUCCUCGUAUUUUUCUGUCACGAGCAUUUUGGACACCAGAACAAUGUAAAUCUAUCGAUACAAAAUGUUUGAAAGAUCGAUUUGACUAUAAUACUCAAUCUUUAUUAAAGUCUAAGCUUUUAACAAUGAUUUAUUCGUCCCCAUGUUCUAUGAAUUAUUCUCAACCUAUUUUGAAGUCUUUAAGGAAGUUAGCAAGUGCGUUAAGUCAGGUUUCAACAUUAGAACCAAUUUCAAUCGAACAAAUUCGUGAUUUAGUACCUGCUUUCAAAGGUCCAUUAUCUUUAGAACAAUUGGAUACGAGUCAUUUAGCGGCUUUAUGUCGAUUACACGGUCUCUCUAUAUAUUCAUAUAUUUGGAUGAUGAAUACAUUAUUAUGGAGUGAUUUAUUCAAGAGAAAAUCCAUUCUAAAAACAUCUCGUAUACUUGUAUUAAAGAAACAUGCAUAUUUCUUAUAUGUUGAAGAUCAAUGUAUGCAAAAAGAUAAGUUAUUCAAUGAUAAUUCUUUAUCGAUUUUACAAAAUUCUGAAUUGAAACAACUUUGUUUACUACGAGGAAUUAAUCCGUACUUAUUAAAUCAUAAAGAUUUGGAGGAAAAAUUACAGUAUUGGAUUUCAGCAUCAACCGUUGCUUCAGAGAGAGGAAGGUGGCUGAUCCAAAGACAGAAUAAACUGUUCAGAGUGGCUAAUCAAAUAAUAUAACAGUAUGAAUGCAGACUGAUCAAUUGCAGUCCUAAACAACAGUCGGAAGAUACAAGCAAAAAACAUCAAGUAAAUUUAGAAAAUACAGCAAUUUUUAUCUCACUAGCUAACCGCUAAUAGUGUUUAUAUCAAAUAUAAUCAAUUUCUGUUAUUCAGAAUACAUGAAAAAAUCAUAUAUUUCAAAAUACGUCGAUUGAAGUUACACAGUUACACCGUUGAAUAGCUGCUCAGUGGUCUUCACGUCAAGCUUUCAUGCGCGAGACUAGAGGUCUUGAGUUCGAGUCUCACGUGCGGAAUUGUGGGUGCGUACUGUUGAGGAGUUUCGUACUAGGACGAAACAGUCAUCCAGUGGUUCCACGUUUUCAAUGAUGGUCGCAAACGAAUAUUUAGUUAACCAACCAACUGCAAAACUUCUUCUUACUACUGACUCAUCUUUUUCAAUAUAAAAUCCAUCUUUUUUUUUAAACUGAUAUAACAUUUUCAAUGGUCGUGUUUGUCCUUCUAUCCACUCAGUGCGAAAAAAGUCUCCUUAUUUUAUAGAAACAUUGAUGUACAUUGUUUAUAAAUCAGUAUUAAUUUUGUUUACAUUCAUAGUUUAACUGAAUUAUUAAACAAUUGAAUAAUAAUAAUAAACUGAAUAGAUUAAAUCGAAAUUUUAUAAUAUAAAUAACUGUAUUCUUGCUUUCUCU